GUUUUUUUUUUUUUUUUUUUCGUCCCAAGCUUUCGCUCGCUUUUGUGUUUGCAGGCAGCGUUGAAGGGGGGAACCACCAGUGUCGUUCCCUUGUUGCUGUGCUUCAACCUCGCGCCUCUGUCCAAUGUCCGACCUGAACGAGCGGGAGCCUGCGCUCGCGUCGCCUUCGAAGGACGCAUCAUUGUCGUCGUCGUCGCCGAGUUCUGCAAGCUCGCCAGGAGCACGUCGUCCGCCGCUGCUGUCACUCCCGUCGCUGUACUCGCUGCCGGGAUUGACGAGCAGCACGACAGGCGGGACUGAACCAAGUACACUUCAAGAGGGAAACGCUGGUGGGCUGUCGUCUCCGUCACACUCCAGCAGCUCCCAAGCAACAAUAGCGGAACUCGCUGCAACUCGGCGCAAGAUGCCGCUUGCCAUGGAUCCUGCUGCCCAUCAGCAGCCCGUUGUGACGUCGGAUCGUUCCCAGCAAGCAAACCAGCUGCCAAACCAACUCUCCGACAGCUACUUGUCGCCAAGUUUAGACCUGUCAUCCAAUCCAACCAGCGCAGGUGUGGUUGUGCUUCCAGAGUCGGGCGAGUCGCUUGCUCUGCUCGCCGGAUCGUACGAGGAGCCUCCUUCAUUGGUCUCUGCGAGUCUACCACCGCCACCACCUGCGGAACAUGACCCAGCCAGUACGGCCGAAACGUCGGCACCUCCUCUCGCUCCCUCCAAUCCCUCAGCUCCACCGCCUGUCCAACUCCAUGGCUUUGUUUCUCACUUUGACGAUACAGACGCCGACGCUGUUGAGCUCGCUGAGCAUGCACAUUUUAAUGCAACCCAAGAUUCAGUCAUUUCAGAUUCACAAGUGUACAGAGGCAGCCAGCCAAAUCGACCUGCGGGGUUUUCGACCAUCUUCACGGCCCAGCAGGCAGAGUACGUCGAGAAUUCAGCCCAGGAUGGCGCCAAUCUUGGCUUUUUCGCCGAUCAGGGCCCGGACUCGGACGACGCCGAGCUCGAGUUGCAUGCGCAGCAGCUGGAGGAAGCCCGGUCUGCAAAUUCUCUCGUGGUGUCUCGGCAUCACACAUCGCACCACGACACAACCGCCAGAUCGCCAGCCUCUGGCCAAACCUCUCGUGCGCGCUCGUCGCAUCGACGACCGCCAUCUGUCACCCCAUUUCAGGCACCUCGAAGGAAGGGCGAUGCAUCAUCAUCAUCUGCUCAUGGCAUGGAAGAUUCCGGCGAAGGUGCUGCGCGAAAGCGCGCUCGUAUCGAUCCUGAGGGCCGCGCAUGGAGCGAGGACGAGGCCUUGUCAUCCGCCGCUGACAAUAGCUUGCUCGUGGCUCGUGCCGCUUCGCCCUCGAGCCGCUCUGGUCGACACGGCCGCUCCUCAAUGUCAAGCUCCGCUUCCUCCGCUUCUUCUUCUUCAUUUUCUUCCUCCUCCUCGUCUCGAUCGUCCCGCGAGCUGUCGAGUGAGGCUGCGAUUUCCUUCUUGCGAGCCAACUUUGGCCGAUGGACCUCUCGCGAGCAAUCCAGCUUCCUGGGCGAGCUCGUGCGCUGCCUCAACCCUUCCCAGGUCGUCGUGAUGAGCUCCCUGCUCGCGCCGCUGACGCACUGCGAUUUCCUCGUGCAGCUCCCCGAAGAGAUUGUCUCGCGGAUUUUGGGUCAGUUGGAUUUGGUAUCGCUGGUGCGAGCGGAACGCGUUUGUCACGCGUGGAAGACGGUCAUCCAAACCUCGUCCAUUUGGCGGCGCCACCUCUACACCCAGUUUUCACCGUCAAUCCGCAUGAUAUCCAUGUCGCGAUCGUUGGAUCUUCGCGACUGGCGCGCCAAGUGCAUCAACUCGCACCUGACGCGCAAGGCCGCGCAACAAAAUUGGCAGCGCGGUGUCUACUCGCUCUCGCGCACCACCUGCCGAUCCAGCGGUGUGUACUGCGUUCACCAGCAUGAACGCCAUGUCGUGUCUGGCCACCGCGACAAGAACAUUCGCGUUUGGCUGAUUGUUGACGAACAGCUGCGGCGUGUUCGCGAGCUCAGCGGACACCAGGGCAGUGUUUUGGCCUUGCAAUGCGACGAUCGCCGCAUCGUGUCUGCCUCCAGCGACAAGACAGUCCGUCUGUGGAACAUGAACACUGGCGUGCAGCUCGCCGCUUUCGAGACGCACACAGACUCUGUCCUUCAGGUGGUCUUUGACAACACCCGGAUUGUGAGCGCGUCCAAGGACCACCAAAUCCACACGCUUUUGUGGACCCAGGAUGGCAUGAAUGCAGAGUUUGAACAUCGCAUCACGAGUGGCGGCAGCGCCAUCAAUACGGUGGAUUUGUGCGACAACCAGAUUAUCGCCGCCUGCGGCGAUCGUGUCGUCCGCGUCUACAAUGCCGCCACUGGAGCCUUGAACGGCGCCCCGAUGCACGGCCACACACGAGGCAUUACCUGCCUCUGUGCCCACAAGGAUCUCUGCGCCACAGGUGCCUCCGACCGGCUCAUCAUGCUCUGGAACAUGACCACGCGCACGUUGGUUCGAACAAUGACGGGCCACACUGACUUGGUCCGUUGUCUGCGCAUGAACGAAACCCAUCUGGUGAGCGGAUCGUACGAUCUGACCGUGAGGGUCUGGUUGGUCGCGACGGGCGUGUGCCUGCACUCGUUUACCGAGCAUCGCCAGCGCGUGGUGUCGCUGCGGUUUGACCUGACACACAUCAUUUCGGCCUCGCAAGAUGACUCUAUUGCGGUGUGGUCGUUUGUCGAUCGCGAGCGCCAGCCCCUGUAUCAAGCCGGCGCAAACCAUGAACCCAACGAAGUUCAGGUGCUGGACAACAAGGCCGUGCGGCGAAUGCUCACCAGUCCGAGCGUGCCUCGCGCUUUCGACGUAUCGUCCUCCAUGAUGGAGGUGGAGCACGUCGCGCCUGACUCUGCCCUGAAAAGCGACGAUGGCAUGUCUGUCGCGAGCUCGUACAGUCGCCGCGGUUUGUUGUUGCGCUCCCCUCACCGCAACAGCGAGCUGUAUUCGCGUGCACCGUCCACGCCUGGAUCGUCCGUGAGCGGGUCCACGAGAAGUCGAGUCACUACCAUUCCAGCAGACCACGACGACGACGACGACAUUGACGAGGAAUCAGUCCAGGAGAUUGAGGAGGACACCUCGUCGAUCGCUGGGCUCCAGGAGUCGUCGGUUGUCGGCAUGUACGAUUUGGGUGCCAUGUCCGACUCGAGCCAGCCCGAAAAGAGCAGCGCCGCUGUCAAACGGCCAGCAAGGCGCCGAGUUGCGGGCCUGUCCAAGGUGCGAUCGUCGUCUCACCGGCCUUCGGCUGUACCGCCUCUGACGGACAGUUCUUGCUCCCUUCCGAGCCUUGAAUCCAAGCGCAGUCCCAGCGCUGCAUCCCGGUCUGUGCAAGAACACCUGGCGGGACUCUCCGACGAUGGCGAGGAUUGAGCGUGCUUCAUCCAAAUCUUUUUUUUUUCGAUGCAUUGUUAUUCCUCUGUGGUGCGAGUGAGUGUGUGUCGGUUGUUGUUCUUGCUGGGGUGGGUGGUAUUGAUCGUUAGUUGCGAAUGUAUUUUUGAAUUUGUUGAACCAAUAUUAUUACUGAAGCUCAAAUUGCCC